CUUCAGUUAUUCCAGUGGGGAAAACAUCGAAAAUAAUCGCAGCAAUCACCACGCGCUUACAGGAAAUUUACAGAGAAAACGUAUCUAAUUAUUCUGUAAGUUUACGAAAGCAAAAGGACCGUGUGAGGAAUACAAAAAUGGUGCAGACAUCUUCAGGAUUCGUUGGAUUCUUCAAAAACAUAUAUAACGAUGAAUACAAAUGGGCUCUGGUUAAAAGUGCAUCACUGUUCAUCGUGGGUGUGCGGUUUGCACAGGAAUGUGUUGGUUUGGAAUUGAUGCCAUCGGUGGCUCAUUGAAUAGUGACAACCCCCUAAUUAAUGUAACAAACGAAUAAAUCCGCGUUUUAAAAUGUA